CUCUAAAAUGACAAAGUAAGCGACACAAUAAUUUCCUGUGUUCUCUGCGCGGGUGGGGGCGUGUGGGGUUGCAAAUUGCAGACUGCAAACCACCGCCGUGCUCCCGCUUUCCUUCCAAUUCAUCCACUGGUUUUCACUUCUGGGCCGUCUCCUACCCUCGCCACAGUAUCUAGGGUUUCUGGAGUAGCGAAGAUGACUGCUCCCUAGGGUGCACGGUGCCGCGGGACUGCCCUUGCAGAGAGACAACGCGGAAGCACGAAAUGGCGGAAGUCGAUCAUCUACUGACGAAGAAAGUAGCGGAUCGGUACCUGAAGCGCGAGGUCCUCGGAGAAGGUACCUACGGGGUUGUCUACAAAGCCAUCGAUACCAAGACAGGACAGACAGUUGCGAUUAAGAAAAUUCGGCUUGGGAAGCAGAAAGAAGGGGUCAAUUUUACAGCUCUUCGAGAAAUUAAACUAUUGAAAGAGCUUAAGGAUCCCAAUAUAAUUGAGUUGAUUGAUGCGUUCCCUCACAAGGGGAACUUGCAUCUUGUGUUUGAGUUUAUGGAGACUGACCUUGAAGCCGUUAUUCGUGAUAGAAAUAUAUUUCUUUCACCAGCAGAUACAAAGUCUUACCUUCAGAUGACAUUGAAAGGGCUUGCUUUUUGUCACAGGAAGUGGGUUCUGCAUAGGGACAUGAAGCCAAACAACUUACUAAUAGGAGACAAAGGACAGCUUAAGCUUGCAGAUUUUGGUUUAGCUCGUAUAUUUGGGAGCCCAGAUCGCAAAUUCACUCAUCAGGUUUUUGCUCGAUGGUAUAGAGCACCGGAGCUGUUGUUUGGAGCCAAGCAGUAUGGUCCUGGGGUGGAUGUUUGGGCUGCAGCUUGUAUAUUUGCUGAACUUCUUCUUCGCCGACCUUUCUUACAGGGUUCAAGUGAUAUUGAUCAAUUAGGGAAGAUUUUUGCAGCUUUUGGGACUCCCAAGCCCUCUCAGUGGUCUGAUAUGGUAUAUCUUCCUGAUUAUGUGGAAUACCAAUAUGUUCCUGCACCUCCUUUACGUACAUUAUUUCCAAUGGCUAGUGAUGAUGCUUUAGAUUUGGUAUCAAAGAUGUUCAUGUAUGACCCAAAAGCUAGAAUAUCGGCGCAGCAAGCAUUAGAACACAGGUACUUUUCAUCUGUACCUCUGCCCACAGACCCAGCUUUGCUCCCCAGACCUCCUCCUAAGAAGGAAACUCUCAAUUCCAGGGCAUCAGAUUUUAAUCAUCAGGAGGGUCCUACUGUGCUGUCUCCCUUAAGAAAGAUGAGGAGAGUGAUGCCACAUCGUGAAGGAUUUGAAGGAAAUAAUUACCAAGUUGAUAAGAUUGAUGAUCAUGCGAAUGAUAUUAGACCAUCAGAUAGUGGACAAAUAUUCAGGAAUGAACCUGUACCCACGUCAGUAGAUUUUUCUGUCUUUCAAUCAAUGCCUCCAAAUAGACCAACAAUUAACAGUGCUGACAGAUCACAUCUGAAAAGGAAAUUGGAUCUUGAGUUCCAACACCCUGAACAAGAAUAAUCAAUAUCCUUGAAAUGUCUAGUGAAUUCAAAUUUUCUGGAUGCGCAUUUAUUUGGUAAGUUGUUGAGCUCUUCUAAAUUUAUUUGGACUUUUGUAGCAUCUUUUAUCUCUUCAUAAAAUCCAUCUGCUGACUCUUUGAAUUUUUGUGUUGAACUCUUUGAUGCAUGCAGUGCUUGGCCUAUAACAGCAUCAAAAUUGGAGGCCCACAAAAAUUGUAAAAACUGAAGUUUUUUUUUUUUUUUCUUUUUAAAAACAUUCUUUAGAGAAUUGUAUGCCAGUCUGCAGUAAAAAAAUUUUGAAGUCUUUCAUAUUAUAAUUGAUUGCGGACAUUUGUUGCAUAUGUUGUUGUUUCUUGUCUUGUAUCUUCAUUAGGGACCUUGGAAUUGUUGUAUUCACCAUUUGUUUAGUUCAUACAACCACGAGGAUCUCAAAGAA